AGACAUCUAUUCUGUUUGAAUUGAUUCAUUGAAAAUACAUAAAUUUAAUUUAAUGUAUUUAAGUAGUUUACAAGUUUAUACUUGUAUUGAAUUGAAGUAAUGAUUCCUUUCAUUAUAACUUUAUUCCUUCUAAUACAAUCAUGUAAUUCUGGUUCAUCAUCAUCAUCAUCUAAGUGUAAACAAGAGCAGGGAUCCUUUGGAAAAUUCUGGUCAAUAGUGGAAACGCUUAUUGAAUUCAUUUGUACACUAAAUGGAAUAUGGAACACAGUUGAACAUUGGUUAGCAGCAAUUAAGAACGUUACAAAUAGUGCUUUAGCGAAGAGAUAAGACUCAAAUAUACACACCAAGUUAUGAACCCAGUUAUAUUUUCAAAAUUAUUAAACAAAGUUUAAUGUUA